AUGUGCAGAGGACCAAUCGCAGCAGCGGAGCUGCAGGGGGGGAGGUUUAGGCAGCCAUGGUCCAAGUUCGCUUUCCUCCCUGGUCAGCUUUUUCCUUCUGACGUGCCGUGUGGCCUCCCAGACGAGGCCCUCGCCGAGUUUCUUGCGGAAGCGUCGACGAAAUCGGAUGAUGCGGACGGGGAUGGCGGGGAGGAGGGCGGGGAGGAGGAAGGAGACGGGCAUGAAGGGGAAGGGGACGAAGAGGACGGCGAUGAGGAUGUGGAGGAGGAAGGGGACGAAGAGAACGGCGAUGGCGAUGGGGACGGGGAGGAUGGCGACGAGGAGCAAGGGGAUGAAGGGGACGACGACGGCGACGAGGGGGAUGACGAUGACGAAGUUGAUGCUGGUGACGACGACGACGACGACGACGACGACGACGACGACGACGGUGACGGUGACGACGACGGUGACGAUGACGAGGACGAUGACGAUGAUGAUGAGGACGCCCCUGCGCCUAAGAAAGCCAGACAUUGA